AUGCCAGAGGCGAUUCGCGAUAACCACGACACAACCUUGACCCUUGGGCUCUUAUUACGCUAUAAUUUCAACACAUAUCUGCAUCAGCUGCAGGCAAACUCCCGCGAUGCCCGUGGCCAUUCUUGGACUCGUCAUUGCUACAGAAAAAAAAAAAAAUAUCCAUCAUGGUCAAACCAGGGCGAGUCAAGUGACGAACAUGGCAAGGCUACUUGCCCGCCAGUCUGGCUUCUCUUUUACCCGGUCGCACCUCGCUCGCUAGAUAAUCUUUGGUUGCAUCACCUGCCACAACAGAAAUACCUUCAUAUCGCGAGGCGUAAACGCCGUCCAUCCGCCACCUCAUUUUCAUUGACCAUUCACACCCGACAAGGCGGCUGCCCGACCUUCGCUCUCGAAAUGGCCUCUCCUAUCACAUCCACCGCCGGCCGGUAUCCCGAUCAUGACCUGUCGCAGUUCCCGGGCCAGCUGCGCGGCAAGCGCAUCUUGCUGUGCACCGAGUCCUUUGGCCCUGUCAACGGAGUGAGCCGGACGACGCUGAUGCUGGUGACGCACCUGCGCAACCACGGGGCGCAGGUCGCUGUCGUGGCGCCGCACAACCACACCAACCACAAUACCUUUUCGCCGCCGCCGUCGCCGAGCCUGUCGCCGCUCGACAAGCAGCCCGAGGUGCGCCUGACAGGCUACCCGCUACCCUUCAACCCGGAGCUGUCCAUCGUCUACCCGGUGCGCAACUCGACCCUCUACGGGCGCACCUUUGGUGCCGACGACCUGCCCGACAUCAUUUACCUUGCCUCGCCCGCAAGCCUCGGCUUCCAAGUCAUGCUGCAGCUCCGCCAGCAGCCCCGCGCCAAGCAGAUCCCCGUCCUCUGCAACUUCCAGACCGAUCUGGCCGGCUACUGCGAUAUCCUCUUCCCGGCCCCGCUCAGCCACGCCGCCGUCUUUGCCUUUGACGCGGUCCAGAGCUACCUCUUCCGCCACUCCUCCAUCAAGACCAUUUUCUACCCGUCGCGCUUCGUCAAGCGCUACCUGGUCAAGCAAAAGGUUCAGGCCGACAAGCUCGAGCUCCUCACUCGUGGUGUCAACGCCGAGCUCUUCAACCCGAUCCGCCGCAGCGAGCAGCUGCGCAAACAACUGGCACCCAACGGCGAGACCAUCUUCGUCACCAUCUGCCGCAUCGCCGGCGAGAAGGGCUUCGACUUUCUGGCCAAGGCCGCCCGCGAGAUGAACGCGCGUGGCCUGCCCUACAAGAUGGUUAUUGUCGGCGGCAACCGGAACCCCGACGUCGAGAAGGAGGUCCAGGAGCUGUUCGAUCCGCUCCGUGAGGAGGGCAAGGUCAUUUUCACCGGCUUCAAGAUUGGCGAGGAGCUCGCCGCCUACUACGCGAGCGCCGACGUCUUCCUGCACUGCUCCGUCACUGAGACCUUUGGCCUCGUGGUCCUCGAGUCCAUGGCCAGCGGCGUCCCCGUCGUCGCCCGCGAUGAGGGCGGGCCCUCGGACAUCAUUGCCCACGAUGACACAGGAUUUCUGGUGCCCCCCAACGACGUUGACGGCUUUGUCGCCAAGGCCAUCAAGCUGGCGACGGACAAGGUCCUUCAUGCUCGUAUGAGCGAGGCUGCCCGCGCCGCGGCCUGUGAGUGCACCUGGGAAAAGAUCAACAACAAGGUCGCCUGGCGCAUGGCCGACACCAUUGCUGAACGUGCCGAGGAAAUGGCGCGAGCCAUCCCAGAGGACUCCUCUCGCACACUCUCACAGGACGCGCAGCAGCUGGUGCCCCUCUACGGCUGGCUCAUGAUGAACAAUGCCAUGCGUGAGACUAUUGUCAGUCGUAUCGUCGACGCUCGUCUCGUGGGUGGUCUUGGUAUCAUCAUCUCCUUUUGGAUUAUUACCGGCGCUUACAUGAUGUUUAUUGAGUCCAUCAUGUGGGCCAAGAAUCGCCUAAGAGGCGAGCGCCGGUUGAGCAUUUCCGCGUGA